AUGAAUCAGGGUCCCCUUCUAGAAGCAUUCGGUGCUGCAGGGCUUGAAGUUUGGUUGGGAACUGCCAAACCAAAGGCGGACACAAUCAGGUUGAUCACUACAUCAUCGCACGUCCACCCAUGUGCAUCUGUCAUUCAAAAACGCUUUUGGGGGAGGUCUGCCCCUCUCUACGUUUUCUGUACCUGGAUUGGUCUCCCCCGUUGCGACUGUAUUUGGAUCACUAUUUUUGGAUAUGCUAUUUUCAUGUCCACAGCGACGAUCUCGGUGGAUGUACACAUGGAAUUGAAUUUUCAGGGUCGCGAUUGA